UGGGUACCAUCGAGUGAGCGUCAGAACAGAAGGCUAAAGCAGAAGCAGAGAGGAUGCCGUAGUCGCCCUUUUUUGCUUUUUCUUCUUCAGUGAGGAUGGAGCACAUGUGAAAUUUUACCGUCUGCUUUAGUCAAAAUUCUGAAGAACUGCUGUGGAGACUAUUAUAUUCACCACAUAUACGGAUUCUGUGCUAUGAUUUACAAUUCCCUUUAUUUCAGAGUAUGGAAUGCUCUUUUCACUUGAAUCUGGCAAAUGAGAGGAUGGUGAGUUGGAAGGAGAAUGAUGAGAUGUCUGUGAUUGACAGACUUUCACUCAAAACACUUUUUUAUGCAAGGAGCUAAACAGUGAUUAAAGGAGCAGGAUGAAAAGAUGGCACAGUCAGUGCUGGUACCACCAGGACCUGACAGCUUCCGCUUCUUUACCAGGGAAUCCCUUGCUGCUAUUGAACAACGCAUUGCAGAAGAGAAAGCUAAGAGACCCAAACAAGAGCGUAAGGAUGAGGAUGAUGAAAAUGGCCCAAAGCCAAAUAGUGACUUGGAAGCAGGGAAAUCUCUUCCAUUUAUUUAUGGAGACAUUCCUCCAGAGAUGGUGUCAGAGCCCUUGGAGGACCUGGACCCAUACUAUAUCAAUAAGAAAACAUUUAUAGUAUUGAAUAAAGGGAAAGCAAUCUCUCGAUUCAGUGCCACCCCUGCCCUGUACAUUUUAACUCCCUUCAACCCUAUUAGAAAAUUAGCUAUUAAGAUUUUGGUACAUUCUUUAUUCAAUGUGCUCAUUAUGUGCACUAUUCUCACCAACUGUGUAUUUAUGACCAUGAGUAACCCUCCAGACUGGACAAAGAAUGUGGAGUACACCUUUACAGGAAUUUAUACUUUUGAAUCACUUAUAAAAAUACUCGCAAGGGGCUUUUGUUUAGAAGAUUUCACAUUUCUGCGGGACCCAUGGAAUUGGUUGGAUUUCACAGUCAUUACUUUUGCAUAUGUGACAGAGUUUGUGGACCUGGGCAAUGUCUCAGCGUUGAGAACAUUCAGAGUUCUCCGAGCACUGAAAACAAUUUCAGUCAUUCCAGGCCUGAAGACCAUUGUGGGGGCCCUGAUCCAGUCAGUGAAGAAGCUCUCUGAUGUAAUGAUUCUGACUGUGUUCUGUCUGAGCGUGUUUGCACUAAUAGGACUACAGCUGUUUAUGGGCAACCUGCGGAAUAAAUGUUUGCAAUGGCCCCCAGAUAAUUCUUCCUUUGAAAUAAACAUCACUUCCUUCUUUAAUAACUCAUUGGAUGGGAACGGUACCACUUUCAAUAGGACAGUGAGCAUGUUUAACUGGGAUGACUAUAUUGAGGAUAAAAGUCACUUUUAUUUUUUGGAAGGGCAAAAUGAUGCUCUGCUUUGUGGCAACAGCUCAGAUGCAGGCCAAUGUCCAGAAGGAUACAUCUGUGUUAAGGCUGGUAGAAACCCCAACUAUGGCUAUACAAGCUUUGACACCUUUAGUUGGGCCUUCUUGUCCUUAUUUCGUCUCAUGACUCAAGACUUCUGGGAAAACCUUUACCAACUGACACUACGUGCUGCUGGGAAAACAUAUAUGAUAUUUUUUGUACUGGUAAUUUUCUUGGGCUCAUUCUACCUUAUAAAUUUAAUUCUGGCUGUGGUGGCCAUGGCCUAUGAGGAACAGAAUCAGGCAACUCUUGAGGAAGCCGAACAGAAAGAAGCUGAAUUUCAACAGAUGCUUGAACAGUUAAAAAAGCAACAAGAAGAAGCUCAGGCGGCGGCUGCAGCCGCAUCUGCGGAAUCAAGAGAGUUCAGUGGUGCCGGCGGGAUAGGAGUUUUCUCAGAGAGUUCUUCGGUAGCAUCAAAGUUGAGCUCCAAGAGUGAAAAAGAGCUGAAAAACAGAAGGAAGAAAAAGAAGCAGAAAGAGCAGUCUGGAGAAGAAGAGAAAGAAGAUGGGGUCCGCAAAUCUGAAUCCGAAGACAGCAUAAGAAGAAAAGGUUUCCGUUUUUCCCUAGAGGGAAGCAGGUUGACAUAUGAAAAGAGGUUCUCUUCUCCACAUCAGUCUUUAUUGAGCAUCCGUGGCUCCCUUUUCUCUCCAAGACGCAACAGUAGGGCGAGCCUUUUCAGUUUCAGAGGCCGAACAAAGGAUAUUGGCUCUGAGAAUGACUUUGCGGAUGAUGAGCACAGCACCUUUGAGGACAAUGACAGCCGGAGAGACUCUCUGUUUGUGCCACACAGACAUGGAGAGCGGCGUCACAGCAAUGUCAGCCAGGCCAGCCGUGCCUCCAGGGUACUCCCCAUUCUGCCGGUGAACGGAAAGAUGCACAGUGCGGUGGAUUGCAAUGGAGUGGUCUCACUGGUCGGGGGCCCUUCUGCCCUCACGUCUCCAGCUGGACAGCUCCUUCCUGAGGGCACAACUACUGAAACAGAACUAAGAAAGAGAAGGUCCAGUUCUUAUCACGUUUCCAUGGAUUUGCUGGAAGAUCCUACAGCAAGGCAAAGAGCAAUGAGUCUAGCCAGUAUUUUGACCAACACCAUGGAAGAACUUGAAGAAUCCAGACAGAAAUGCCCACCCUGCUGGUACAAAUUUGCUAACAUGUGUUUGAUUUGGGACUGCUGUAAACCAUGGUUAAAGGUGAAACAUCUCGUCAACCUGGUUGUGAUGGACCCGUUUGUUGAUCUGGCCAUCACCAUCUGCAUUGUCUUAAAUACACUCUUUAUGGCCAUGGAGCACUACCCUAUGACAGAGCAGUUCAGCAGUGUGCUGUCAGUCGGGAACCUGGUCUUCACUGGGAUCUUCACAGCAGAAAUGUUUCUCAAGAUAAUAGCCAUGGAUCCAUAUUAUUACUUUCAAGAAGGCUGGAAUAUUUUUGACGGUUUAAUUGUGAGCCUUAGUUUAAUGGAACUUGGUUUGGCAAACGUGGAAGGAUUGUCAGUUCUCCGAUCAUUUCGGCUGCUCCGAGUGUUCAAAUUGGCAAAAUCAUGGCCUACCCUGAAUAUGCUGAUAAAGAUCAUUGGCAACUCAGUGGGGGCUCUGGGUAACCUCACUUUGGUGUUGGCCAUCAUCGUCUUCAUUUUUGCCGUGGUCGGCAUGCAGCUCUUUGGUAAGAGCUACAAAGAAUGUGUCUGCAAGAUCUCCAAUGAUUGUGAACUCCCACGCUGGCACAUGCAUGACUUCUUCCACUCCUUCCUGAUUGUGUUCCGCGUGUUGUGUGGAGAGUGGAUCGAAACCAUGUGGGACUGUAUGGAGGUUGCUGGCCAAACCAUGUGCCUUACUGUCUUCAUGAUGGUCAUGGUUAUUGGAAACCUGGUGGUUCUGAACCUCUUCCUGGCCUUGCUCUUGAGUUCGUUCAGUUCUGACAACCUUGCUGCCACUGAUGAUGAUAAUGAAAUGAACAAUCUUCAGAUUGCUGUGGGAAGGAUGCAGAAAGGAAUUGAUUAUGUUAAAAGAAAACUACGUGAAUUUAUUCAGAAAGCCUUUGUAAGAAAGCAGAAAGCCCUAGAUGAAAUAAAACCACUCGAAGAUCUAAAUAACAAAAAAGACAGCUGUAUUUCCAACCAUACCACUAUAGAAAUAGGCAAAGAUCUCAAUUAUCUCAAAGAUGGAAAUGGAACAACCAGUGGCAUAGGCAGCAGUGUGGAAAAAUAUGUUGUGGAUGAAAGUGAUUACAUGUCAUUCAUAAACAACCCCAGCCUCACUGUGACUGUGCCGAUUGCUGUCGGAGAGUCUGACUUCGAAAACUUAAAUACUGAAGAGUUUAGCAGCGAGUCAGAUAUGGAAGAAAGCAAAGAGAAGCUAAAUGCAACUAGUUCAUCUGAAGGCAGCACAGUUGAUAUAGGAGCUCCUGCUGAGGGAGAGCAACCUGAGGUAGAACCCGAAGAAUCCCUUGAACCUGAAGCCUGUUUCACAGAAGACUGUGUGCGGAAGUUCAAGUGUUGUCAGAUAAGCAUAGAAGAAGGCAAAGGGAAACUCUGGUGGAACUUGAGAAAAACUUGCUAUAAGAUAGUGGAGCACAACUGGUUUGAAACCUUCAUCGUCUUCAUGAUUCUACUCAGCAGUGGGGCGCUGGCCUUUGAAGAUAUAUAUAUUGAGCAGCGAAAAACCAUUAAGACCAUGUUAGAAUAUGCCGACAAAGUUUUCACUUACAUAUUCAUCCUGGAAAUGCUUCUCAAGUGGGUCGCAUACGGUUUUCAGAUGUAUUUUACCAAUGCGUGGUGCUGGCUGGAUUUCCUGAUUGUUGACGUCUCAUUGGUUAGCUUGACUGCAAAUGCCUUGGGUUACUCAGAACUUGGUGCCAUCAAAUCCCUCAGAACACUAAGAGCUCUGAGGCCGCUGAGAGCCUUAUCCCGGUUUGAAGGAAUGAGGGUUGUUGUCAAUGCUCUUUUAGGAGCCAUUCCAUCCAUAAUGAAUGUACUUCUGGUUUGUCUGAUCUUUUGGCUAAUAUUCAGUAUCAUGGGAGUAAAUCUCUUUGCUGGCAAGUUUUAUCAUUGUAUUAACUACACCACUGGAGAAAUGUUUGAUGUAAGUGUGGUCAACAACUACAGCGAAUGUAAAGCACUCAUAGAGAGCAAUCAAACCGCCAGGUGGAAAAAUGUGAAAGUAAACUUUGAUAAUGUAGGACUUGGAUAUCUUUCUCUGCUUCAAGUAGCCACAUUUAAGGGAUGGAUGGAUAUCAUGUAUGCAGCUGUUGAUUCACGAAAUGUAGAAUUACAACCCAAAUAUGAAGACAAUCUGUAUAUGUACCUUUAUUUUGUCAUCUUUAUUAUUUUUGGUUCAUUCUUUACCCUGAAUCUUUUCAUUGGUGUCAUCAUAGAUAACUUCAACCAACAGAAAAAGAAGUUUGGAGGCCAAGACAUAUUUAUGACAGAAGAACAGAAGAAAUACUACAAUGCAAUGAAAAAACUGGGUUCAAAGAAACCACAAAAACCCAUACCUCGACCAGCUAACAAAUUCCAAGGAAUGGUCUUUGAUUUUGUAACCAAACAAGUCUUUGAUAUCAGCAUCAUGAUCCUCAUCUGCCUCAACAUGGUCACCAUGAUGGUGGAAACUGAUGAUCAGAGUCAGGAGAUGACAAACAUUCUGUACUGGAUUAAUCUGGUGUUUAUUGUUUUGUUCACUGGAGAGUGUGUGCUGAAACUAAUCUCUCUUCGUUAUUACUAUUUCACCAUCGGAUGGAACAUUUUUGAUUUUGUUGUGGUCAUUCUCUCUAUUGUAGGCAUGUUUCUGGCUGAACUGAUAGAAAAAUACUUUGUGUCCCCUACCCUGUUCCGAGUGAUCCGGCUCGCCAGGAUUGGUCGAAUCUUGCGUCUGAUCAAAGGGGCCAAGGGGAUCCGCACGCUGCUCUUUGCUCUGAUGAUGUCCCUUCCUGCCUUGUUUAACAUCGGCCUCCUGCUCUUCCUGGUCAUGUUCAUCUACGCCAUCUUUGGAAUGUCCAACUUUGCCUAUGUUAAGAGGGAAGUUGGAAUUGAUGACAUGUUCAACUUUGAGACCUUUGGCAACAGCAUGAUCUGCCUGUUCCAAAUUACCACCUCUGCUGGCUGGGAUGGACUGCUGGCACCUAUUCUCAACAGUGGACCUCCAGACUGUGACCCUGAAAAAGAUCACCCUGGAAGCUCAGUUAAGGGAGACUGUGGAAACCCCUCUGUGGGGAUUUUCUUUUUUGUGAGUUACAUCAUCAUAUCCUUUCUGGUUGUGGUGAACAUGUACAUCGCUGUCAUCCUGGAGAACUUCAGUGUUGCCACGGAAGAAAGUGCAGAGCCCCUGAGUGAGGAUGACUUCGAGAUGUUCUAUGAGGUCUGGGAGAAGUUUGAUCCUGAUGCCACCCAGUUUAUAGAGUUCGCCAAGCUCUCUGAUUUUGCAGCUGCCCUGGAUCCUCCUCUUCUCAUAGCCAAACCAAACAAAGUCCAGCUCAUCGCCAUGGACCUGCCCAUGGUCAGUGGGGACCGGAUCCAUUGCCUCGAUAUUUUAUUUGCCUUUACAAAGCGUGUUUUGGGUGAAAGUGGAGAGAUGGAUGCCCUUCGAAUACAGAUGGAGGAGCGAUUCAUGGCAUCGAACCCCUCCAAAGUCUCCUAUGAGCCCAUCACAACCACUCUGAAACGCAAACAAGAGGAGGUGUCCGCUAUCGUUAUCCAGAGGGCUUAUAGACGCUACCUCUUGAAGCAAAAAGUUAAAAAGGUUUCGUGUAUCUACAAGAAAGACAAAGGCAAAGAAGGUGAGGGAACACCUAUCAAAGAAGAUAUCCUUAUUGACAAACUAAAUGAGAAUUCAACUCCAGAGAAAACCGAUGUGACGCCUUCUACCACUUCUCCACCUUCCUAUGAUAGUGUGACCAAGCCGGAAAAAGAAAAAUUUGAAAAAGACAAAUCAGAAAAGGAAGACAAAGGGAAAGAUAUCAGGGAAAGUAAAAAGUAAAAAGGAACAAAGAAUAAUUCCAUUUUGUGAUCAAUUGUUUACAGCCUGUGAUGGUGAUGUAUUGGUGUCAACAAGACUCCCACAGGAAGUCUAUGCCAAACUGACUGUUUUUACAAAUGUAUACUUAAGGUCAGUGCCUAUAACAAGACAGAGACCUCUGGUCAGCAAACUGGGACUCAAUAAACCAGAAAAACAGCAUUGACGGGAGGUUUCUGUUUUCACAACCAGCUGACACUGCUGAAGAGCAGAGAUGUAAUGGCUACUCA